CUUGAUGAUCCUUGAGGUCCCUUCCAACCUGAGUAAUUCUAUGAUUCUAUGAUUCUGUGAUUAAAGCAUCGAGAUGAUGCUUUAAAACCUACUUACUAAUUAUGCGCCAUGAAAAAGUCGAUUGUCUGCAGUCGCUUGAUUCUAUCCAUCAUUUAACUGUUCCCUCGGUGCAGGGAGAGGAGGGAGUCUUUAAAAGUCCAUUACUUUCUCCGUUUGUGCUUCACGCCGCCUCCCUCGGGGUACAGCCCCGUUCAGAUGGGCUGAUAAACGCCGGUCCUCAAAGGACGUUUGGUAUAUGCGCUUAAAUGCUCCUCGGCCUCGCAGAAAGAGCCAUUUCUUCCGUGAAUACGUAAGAGAAAUUCUUCCGAUUCGCGUGAAACUGCUACCGAAAACUCUUUGGGAAAUCCUGGAUUCCAUUUCCGAACUCUUCAAUUCCAUUCUAAAAUGGAAUGGGGAAACAUGGCAAAAUCCCUAAUCUUUUUACCCUGUACAGGUACCCUCCGGUCGCACGACCCGUACACGAAGACGCCCCGUUCCCCACGCUGGACAGGGAAUGCUCUGCAACGCGCGCUGCCUCCGGCCCGCCUCACGGCGCCGCUGCUCAGUCCCGAGGCGCGGGGGGGAUGGACCGCCCGCCCCGCGCAGCCUUAGUUACCACGGAAAGCCUCCGGCUUUCUGCCCUGGGCGGAGGCGUUACUCUCAGAGUGACGCCCAACGAUUUAAAGCCUCUUUCAUCUCACGCUGUUUCUUGUGGAGGAAGAAAGCCGUAAGCUUUCUAGGAAAGAAAAACAGAAAUCGUGUAUGAUUAUCUAGCUCCUGAGAUGUCGGGUACAGAUAAGAUUGACGUGAAUUAAUUAGCACCCUUACAACUCAGGCUUAAAGAUCCUGGUGCAGAUGACACUCUGUCUGUGAAGGCUCGGGCUACCCGCUGAAGGUGCCUCCCGCCCGCCCGCCCGCCCCACGGGAGCUGAGUGGCUCGGAGCAGCGGGAAAGCUUCACCCCGGCUCCUGAGAGGAGCAGCUGAACGGAACCGGCAGACGGGCGGCACCAGGGCGCUUUGUGGAGGGCUGGGAGUGGCGGGAGCCGCAGAGUUGGAGUAUAAAGUGCAAGGAGAACGCGGAGCGCAGCUGUUGCCGUCCCUAUCCCUAGAGGCAGUGCUCUUCAGCCCGCCCUCCGCCCUGCCCUCGCCUAAGAGCCGCGCCGCUCCCCUGGGGUGGCAGCGCGGAGCGGUUGGUAAAGGCGGGCAGUUCAAACCCAAGCGAGGGAAAGCGGCUGCGGCCGCACGCGAGGAGCCGGUGUGGGUGGAGAGAAGCGAAGCGGCUUUUCACUAAGGGCAACGGGCCCCGAAGCCGGGCGGCGAGCUGUGGAGGCGGCAGAAUCCCCGCCUUCCCCAGCCAGCUGGCCGGGAGGGAGGGCAGCCUCGCCCUUCGUCUCCUCAGGGAGCACUGCCGACCUCCUCGGCUGCUCUCGGUGGUGGGGGCCUCUGGGAUCGGUUUUCUCUGCCCAGCGGUGUGCUAGAUAAGGAGGUGAAGCUGUGUGUUCGUGUCCAACAGCCAGGUGACUGAGAGAACCCCCUCAUCCCGACACUGCUCCCUAGGUAGCAUCAGUUAUCCUUAUCGCUGGUUGUCGGUAAGGGAUUAAAUAGUACUUUGCGUUAAAUACAUUUGCUGUGGAGGAUCUCCAAUUGCUUCACAAAUUAGGAGUUAAAGUGCAAAGCAGAAGAUGUCAGAUAGUCAUUCAGUAACGUUCAAUAUUAUUAAAAGAAAUAGGUUAACAUCUCCCAGCAGCAGUUUUAAAUGCUCCAGUUUUAAAGACACUUGUUCCACUUCAGUAAUUCUGGACAGCAGAUGCAAUGAGUCAUUAAAAGAUCCUGAAGCAGAACAUAAAGAAACACCGAGAGCAACAGGUUUAUCUUUGCUACAAGAGCAUUCUGACCAUAUUCAUCCAAAUGACCUCUGUUCUGUGUCAUCUAUUGAAAAUGAAAUGAAUUCAAUCUCCUUAUCGGAGAGAAGAGAAGCAAAUAGGAGUACAUAUUUUUAUGAAACCCCGAAAGCGGGUAGAAAAGGCUCCUCAUUACGCAGGAGGCUGCUUUUAUCUAAGGCUGGUGCAGCUGUAGGAAGCUGUGAAAAACAAGCUAGUUCUUCAGAGAGCAGCAGGAAAAAACUAUUUCCUUCUGUUCUGAGCUCUGAAGAAAAACUGUCACACAUUGCUUCACACUCUUUGAAAGAUGAAAGUUGCAACACCCUGAGAGGUAGUGCUGUGAAAACUGAGGGCUCUAGUCCUGAUUGCCCAAAACGGCGACUAUCCUUUUCACAACAAAGGACUUCUACUCUAGAUGAGUCCAAAUGUAAGGAUCCCUCAUUGCUGGAAACUGAAUGUUUUUCUCCAAUUGAGGGUAAGGAUGUUACUGCUAGUAACACUAAUGAAUUCAGCGAGAGUAUCCUUAUAAGUGUUAGUGAACAGUUGCUUCAGACUCCUACUUACAGUGUGUUACCUGAGGCCAGUGAUAGCAAGAUCCUGAAUUCUAUUGAUAGUCUUGUAGAGAACUUCAACUUUGAACUGUGCGAUGGAAACAAUCCCUCCGUUAAGCUGGCAAGUUAUCCGAAUAUUUCAACACCUGAGGAUAGUGGAUAUAAUUCACUUCAACUGGACAAAUCAGGAGACUUGUUGUCUGAUCACGAGGGUUCUUUUCAAGAGGGCUUUCGAAAACGCAAAGAAGGUUCCAAAGUUCUGGAUUUAAAAAAAAAGGCAAGAAAAAUUGAACGAGUGAGAAGGUUGUCAACUCUUCGGGAACAGGGCUCACAGUCAGAGACAGAAGACCAUCAUGGCAGUCCCAAUUCAGCACGAAUGUUAGUGGAAGAAAGAAGCUUUGUCACAGAAGACCAUGGAUUAGUUUUAAAGGAACAGACGAGGGAAGACUCAGCUGAAAAUUAUGGAGAUCUCUCAAGAACUCCAGCUCUGCAAGUUGUCCAUGAAAUUUGCUUGCAAAGACAAAGAUCAGACAAAAAUCAAAUAUCAAAGAAUACUGAUGGAACACAAAUAGUUGCAUUAAAACAUGUUCUUGCUGGACUUAUUGGCAAGAAAAUGGGCCUUGAAAAAUUAGAUAUUUUAACUGAAUUAAAAUACAGAAAUUUAAAACAUGUUCUUGCUAUUGUUUUAGAUGCUUUGACAGUGGAAAGUCUGUGCAGCAUUUGGAAAGUAAGCAAAAACUGGCGUGAAAUCAUUGUACAAGAUAAAAGAGCAGAUAGGAGGAGAAAGUCGUACAUAAAACAGCUGAAAGAAGAAGCUGAGGAAUACUUACUGAAAGCGGAAGAUGCUGCCACAAGACUUAAUGUCCUCAACAGAUCUGCUCUAAGGCCAGUUCAAGCUCAAGCCAGAACUCCUGUACUGCAAACCCCACCCUCUUACACUGAACUUACACCCAGGAGAUGCAGUUCUGUUCCCCAGUCAACCAGUAGACAGGAAGAAUACAUAAAAGUUGCUAAAACUCUAUUCACCGAUGAAGCUCUAAAACCCUGUCCAAGAUGUCAAUAUCCUGCUAAGUAUCAGUUGGUAAAGAAAUGGGGGCUAGUAGCAGAGAGGCCUGUGCCUUUGAGUUCUGUAUUUUAUGUCUGCAUGCUUUCCAUGGGUCUAAAGAAUGUAAUAGCUUAUCAGCGAAACAGAAGAACAAAAAAGAUGCUCCUCCAGGAAGUGCCCAAAGCAAAAGAAAUUUAAAAAGACUCUAAAUUUGUAAGGCACGCAAGUCCUUACGGUUCAUUCCUUUUUCCCUUCUGCCUAAGUACCGACACCUUGGAAGUCUAAUUUGAUGUAGUUUUGCUUAUCAAGAUAACUUCACGUGUACAUAUCUUAAUUCAGUGCAGUUUUCUUUUUGAAAAAAGUGAAUAUUUUAAAACGUUUUGUUUACCUGUCAUGUAGUAGCUAAGCACUUACUAACAUCUUAAUUAUUCAAUAAAGUAUCUUAAAUGUAUUAUUCAAUAUCUAGCUUACGGCAUCUCAUAGGUGUUUAAAAAUGCAAUUCUUGUCUUAAUGAC